CCUGAAUGCACACGCACCCGGAGCGCGGAAUCAGUCAACGAUUGAAGAAAACCUUCACAUCGCUUCCCGCUUCGACUUGACCGGUCUGCCGGCCAUGGUAGCACACGUGAGAAAGGAUCUGCGCACGCUGGACGCCGAACUACGCGAGCUUCCCUCGGCGUUUGCGCUGCGAUCUGUGACAGCCAAAUGUCAAGCCGAUGUCCGUGGAGCGGAAUACGACGCCGACCCACGAGCGGAC